CAAUGGCAAAAUAUCUGGAAACCCAAUCUUAAAUUGAGCAAUUCCUUCAGCAGAAACGCUGCAGUGUGGUUGGUUAACCAAAGUGUUUGUGAAAAUGCAGAGUGAAAUUGUGAGAAGAAGAGCCAAUAUUAUUGCAUCCCAUUUAGCUAUCCAUGAAGAUAUAUCAGCCACUGCUACCCACGUUUUCCCCAUGAGGUGUAGCAAUAGUCUGAACUCUGUCAUCCGGAGAUACGACAACAGGAUGCACUUUGCCCGGCAAGGAUCGAGUUCUCAAGGUUGCUACAUGAGACCGGCUUUACAUGAACAGGGGAACUACGUGCAACCCAGCGUUCCUUCACAAGCCACGGAUUCUGGACAAAAGGGGUCUACUGCCCUUGAUGCUGCACCAUCAUAUUCUAGACCUGCUCAAGUGGAAGCUUUCAAAAUGGAUCAAGGUUGCGGAUAUACUGACCCUUCUCCAGAAGGUCCCGUGUUUGCAAGGCCAACUACUGAAGAAGGGAAGCCCGUGUUGCAGUCUGUGGAAAAGGCUCGUAAUGUUGCACAAACAGGAUCCGAGUGGUCACCGAGAAUGGAUGUUGUAGAAUCUGGACUCAAUUAUGUCAUCACGUUAGAAAUUCCCGGUGUUAGCAGGGACAAUGUGAAGGUAGAGGUUGAUGACCAAAGCCUGGUUAUAAGUGGCAACCGGCUAAAUUGGUCGUGUGGUGGAGGACUAUGUUCCAGCAAGCCGAUCAUGACUUAUCACAUAAGGGAGAUUUCACAGGGGCCAUAUCACAUUGUUUGGCCACUUCCUAGUAACGCACAAAAGGAUAACGUAUCAGCAGAAAUUCAGGACGGGCUGCUUUGCGUUAAGAUUCCCAAACUUUCCGGGCUACGGUGGCUGAGGAAGGCAUACAUGUAGGUCUAAAUAUACAGAUAGCUGUUAUGUGUUAAUUAAACAGCAAUGUGUGUGUGUGUAUUUGUUAAGUAAUUAUCAUUAAGAGAUAUGUAUAUGUAUACAAUGAUAUAUUACACUUGCUUAUUAGUAA